AUGAAAAAGUUGGAUGGUCAUAGUGCAAUGAUUGUUUCAAAAUAUUUUAUGUCCAUGGACGAUUUCAUACGCCUUGAGUGUGUAUGCAAAAAAUUUGAAAAAACAGUUGACAAGUUCCAUUUUAAUCCGAUUCCACUCACCAAAACACAACUCAAAUACUUUACACAGAUUGAAACGUUUCAUCAAUAUCACAAAGAAGACGAACCAUUUUCUGACAUACACUUUUUUAAACGGAUCAUUUACUAUCCAACCAGUUACAUGUAUUAUCAUUUGACGAAAGACACAAACGAGAGUUAUAAAUUUCUUCAUUUGAUGUAUGGGUUAAGCGAACGUUUAUUUUUUGGCGACGAAGUUCCAAAAAAUGUGAAUAUUUUGGGAGAUUCGUGUUUCUCAUCGUGUUAUUUUUUAACAUCAAUAGACUUCAAAUCUCCUUUUCAAAGAAGUGAAAGUGAUAAGUAUCAUUUAACUGCUCUUGGCAACAGUUGCUUUCAAAAAUGUACAAAUUUGAGAUCAGUGAUAUUAAACAAUGAAAUCAUUUCGUUGGGAAAUAACUGCUUUUCUGAAUGUGAAAUGUUGAGAAAAAUUGUUUUACCAACAAAUUUGUUGUUUCUUGGAAAUAACUGCUUUUCAAAUUGCGUCAAUAUAUCGAAAAUAAAAUGCCCAAAAUAUAUCAAAACAAUUCCACAGAGCUGUUUCAGUUUCUGUAAUUCUUUAAGAGAAAUCAAAUUCUUUCCAAACACAACUAAAUUUGAAGAGAAUGCGUUUUACGAAUGUAAAUCACUUGAAAGGGUGUUUGUAUCGAAUGACACUGUAAGUCUUGGAGAUUUCUGCUUUUUCACGUGUGUGGCGCUGUCGGAAUUUAAUUUCCCAUUAAACUUAAAGACAAUUGGAAAAUUCUGUUUUUCAAAUUGCUCUUCACUUUCAAUUAUUAAUAUUCCAAAAGGUAUCUCAAGACUUUCAGAGUGUUGUUUUAAUAGUUGCAGUUCUCUUGUUGAAAUUGUAUUGCAAAAUGAUUUAAAAAGUGUAGGAAGAAGUUGUUUUGAAAAUUGUGUUACACUUAAAGGUGUGAAUAUCCCCCUUGCUGUGACUUUUUUGGGAGACUCCUGUUUUAACAACUGCUCGAAUCUUGCUGAAGUUUACAUGCCCAAGAAGAUGAAGUACAUUGGGAAUUAUUGUUUUGCUGAAUGUAAAAAUUUGUCAAAAUUAACUUUCCCAAGUGAAGUUGAU